AUGCAGGUCGACCCGGAAUAUGAGGAAAAGGAUGAGGCGCCGCGGGAGAAGCGGACGUGGCCGACGGGUGAGCAUCAGCAGCAUCAGCAGCAACUGGGCUCCUCCGAAUCUGCAACACCAGCUUUGGAGCAUUCAUGCACUCAUGGUGCCCCGGCCCCGGCGUCAGUCCCGGCCCCUGGUCCAUGGAGCGUCUUUGCGUCCCUGGGUUUGGACGACGCCCCCAUGUCAGUUGGGGCCGCACUAAAAAUUUUGGACUCGACUCCCCUGCUCUGGGCUGAAGAUAGGCCCGGCAGGCGUGGACUUGGACAUGUUCGCGGGCGAGGCCUCUCGGUGAUGAACGACAAAAGGUACUCCUCCGCCUGGCCUAGGAACCUGUACCGUCCGUGA